GAAAGUGACCCUGGCAAGCCUGGCGUGGAAGAGGAAUUCCUGAGCGGCUCUCAGUGGAAGUGAUGACGGAGGAGGGCGUCACGCUCAUCCUAGGCGUUACCGAUUGAAUGAAAAAUCCAAGUUGUGGCGUAGCUUAACUUCUGCGGUAAAUAUUCGCGACGGGUGACAUGAUAUCUGAAAACUACUUGAGGGCAUCCAGCCAGUUGAUGCCGUUGAGAAAAUAUCAGGUGCUUGUGUUCGCUCAGCAUUUCAUUCUUGCGCUGGACUUGUUCGUGAAUAUUUUCGGGGAACUGGUGGCGAAGAAGAACGUGCACCUCUUGAUUCUCUACAUCGUUCAAGAUGUUGUACUGGUCUUCAGCCUCAUCACCUUGUUUCUCAGCUUCGCCAGCACAUACAUAUUUCAAGCGGGAGUUCUUGGCGUACUGCUGAAGCAGUUUCGUACAUCUAUUUGUGUAGUUUGCGUUUAUCUCGUAAUUUCAUUGGUUUAUCAUGUAUUAACGUUGAGCGCAAGAUGGGAUGAAGUUCUGGGAAUACACAAGUGGUCACCCGGGGACAUAGCUUUCUACGUUGGGCAUCGAAUAGCAUCGGCGUUUUACAUUUACUUCUACCGUCGAACUGCGGUGCGGAUGUCGGACCCAAUUUUCUACGACCCCGAGCACUGGAUUCAAAUCGAUGCCCAGAAAGUUUCCGAUUCUCAAGUGCGGAAAGCGAAGAGGGCUGAAAGACGCAGAGGUGUUGAGCGGGAAGUUGAAGAGCCCUUUUCCGUUGGGCGUGGUGUCGCGUAUGCUGAAUACUGUUGUAAACUUCUCAGGAAUCCGAAUGCGAUCGUGAAGCGCCGAGUGGAGAGAAUGUCUGUAGGACGUCUUGGCCGGUCAACCGCGAUGAUGCCGUCCCCUCCGCCGGUCAUGGACGUUCAUUCGGAGUUGAUGUUGUACAUAACUGAAGAGCGGUUCUUCGUUGUGAGCUCGGACUCCGGCGAGUACUUGGUGAUCGAUCGCGUUACUGGCGAGAAGCGGCUUGAAAACCGGGCCUCGCGUGACUUGGUGCCUGCUGGGGCCGAAGGACGGGCCAUUUAUGGCCUUGUGGGCAUCAUCCGUGUCGUGGCUGGCCCAUGUCUCGUUGUUGUGACCAAGCGAGAAGCCGUCGGUCAGUUGUGUGGUGCUACGGUGUGGAGAUUGGCGGGGUUCGAGAUUAUUCAGUACGCCAAAAGUCUGUUGCACUUGACGCCGCAGCAGCAGCGGAACAAUGAAGCUUACGUGGGACUCGUGCAUCGCACUUUGUCAAUGCCCAACUUUUUCUUCUCCUACUCAUUCGACUUGUCACACACGUUGCAGCGUUUGCACAACACCAGUCCCGAUUUUGUUCACUUGCCAUUGCAUGCACGGGCUGACCAGCGGUUCGUCUGGAACCGACAUUUGCUCCAGGAGUUGGCGGCACAACCGGAGUUGUACAAGUUCUGCAUACCGUUCAUUCACGGCUUUGUGUCGAUUGUGAACCAUCGUUUGGAAAAGACCGGCGACGAUUUUACGUGGGCCGUUAUUUCACGACGACAUUGCGACAGAUCCGGCACCCGUAUGUUUUAUCGUGGCCUUGACGUCAGCGGUUCUGCAGCCAACUAUGUGGAAACUGAGCAGAUUGUGGAGGCGAGGGGUUCGAAAUCAUCGUUUGUGCAGAUUCGUGGAUCCAUUCCAUUGUUUUGGACUCAGUAUCCAAAUAUCAAGUACAAGCCUAAACCGCUGCUGAGUCCAACUGCGAAUCAUGUUCAGUCUUAUACGGAUCACCUGCAAACGCAAGUUUACUAUUACGGAAGAGUUGUCAUGGUGAACUUGGUGAAUCAGCAUGGGUCGGAGGGGGUGCUGGAGCGUGCUUUUGCAACCACUGUAAAAACAGCGGGUUUGGCAAAUGUAACCUAUGAAGCCUUCGACUUCCACAAGGAAUGCCCCAAGCUAGACUGGAGCAGACUCAAUGUGCUACUAGAUCGUCUCAGUCCGGCGUUGGAAGACUUUGGCUACUUCCAUAUUCUGCGUGAUCAGUCCGUUGUUGGAGAACAAAGUGGUAUUUUCCGAACGAAUUGCAUCGAUUCUCUGGAUCGGACGAAUGUGGUGCAGUCAAUGUUGGCUCGCUGGAACUUGGACAGUGUGUUGAGGCGCAUGAACGUGUUUCAGUCAGACACUGAGUCUAUUGCGAAAGACCACGCCAACCUCGAUGUGGUGUUUCGGAAUGUGUGGGCGGAUCACGCGGAUGCCAUUAGCGUGCAAUAUUCGGGAACCGGUGCUUUAAAGACAGACUUCACGCGAUUCGGGAAGCGGACGUUUUCCGGACUGAUCAACGACGGUGCGAACGCUUCAAUGCGUUAUUACCUGAACAAUUUCGCAGAUGGUGUGCGACAAGAUGGCAUAGACUUGUUUCUGGGAAGAUACGUGGUGAAAGAAGGUGAAGGGUGCUCCUUGGGUACAGACCCUCUGGAAGUUGGACGCGGCACUGUGUACUGGCUCCUACUCCCGUUACUCUUUGUGGCUGUGGGGAUGUGGUUUAUGACCCUACUCGUCAUGUCUUCGCCCUUUUCCACUGAAGGCCUGCUGUAUCUCAUGUUCUGGGGCGUGUUUGCGCUGGCCAUCGUGGCGGCUAUCACGAGACACGGUCGGGAGUUUGUCAACUGGCCGCGGCUCGUUGACCUGGACGGCCACGACGCGCCGCUGCUGGCCCGCAACGGACUGGGCACAGGAUUGAACAACAGGAGUCCUCCGAAUGGCCGUGUGGGCCACCAGAAGGUCGUUUGAAUCGCUGUGUGUUUUUUAUUGAUCGCACUGUCUGUGGAUGGGUUUUAAGGGGCACGGCUGUCCAACGAAUUUCUGAAUCCCUGUGUUACGACGUGUUUUCUUCCGAUUCUCUUUCUCAAGCUUGUUCCGCGCGGUCGAAAUUUUAUGUUGCUUCACUUCAUUUUUUGUUGUUGCGUGAUGAAUGAAAUCAGCAGGAUGAUCCUCGUGCUCAUAGUCCCUUGAAACAGUGUAGCGAAGAUACAAGCUUGACUUUUGUGUUAUGGGAAGCUGGGGCGGGGUGAAAGAGGAAAAAAAAAAUCCUGAUAUCUUUCAAACCAAAAGUUCUUGGCUCGUGGAAUACACAUUUUCGUGACUACCACUUGUUGCUGGAGACUAAGAAAUUGAAAAUUUUUAUUGGCCUCAACGAUUUAAAUCACUGUGGUAAUCAGAUGGAGGGGGGGGGGAACGUUUGCAUACCCUCUGAAAAACGAUUCUCGCUUGUCUGUUGUCUUGGAAUUUUAUAGGAUUAAUGAAUGUUGUAUUUGCCUUAAAAUGGGGCCGUUGAGAUAAUUUCUGAGUUUUUCUUUCUUUUUCCACGACGUCCCAGCUUCCUUUGACUCUGGAUUGUCAAGAUUCAUUUUUCGUUAGGAUCGAAAAAGCGCUUGAAUCAUCGUGUCGACGCCAGUUUGUGUUGUCUGUGUUUCCAGCAGAGUCCUUUUUUUAUGUGUACCUCUUUCAUGAAUAGUUUCAGCCCUCGGGAAUGAAUUCGUCCAGAUGUGCUGUUGUGAUAGUAAGGGAAAUGAUGGAAGCAGUACUUCUUGAUUUUGUGAAAUUGUUGCGGGAACGGGAGCACCGCUGUUUCGAGUCGAAGUUGCCGGAAGAUUUAUUGCUUACGUAUUGAUUGGUGCGUGGAUAAAUUCUCGUGCACGAUUGUAUUUAUAUACAUUCUCGUCCCGUCUUCCGCUGGGGAUGAGUAAGUGAUGGAGCUUCUUUUGUUUUGUUUGUGGACUGCUCGAGUCGUCAUUUUCGUGUGUGUGUGUCUCUCUCUCUGACGCCGGUGAGGGAAAUUCAGCUCGAAUGAUAUUCAUUAUUUUCAUCGUGCGAAAAUUUGGCGAAUUACGUCUCUCUUUUUUUUGACGCAGUGAAAUGACCGAUAUUUAUUUCCUGAUCAUUAUUUCUUUGUCUGAGGAGUCGUUGCAGCGCUAACGACUCAGGUUUUGGUGUCCGUUUGCGUUUGGGGGAAAGGAAAUUUGUUCUAUGAUUGAGACUGACAAAAUUGAGGAUGUUGAAUGUUUCA